AUGAGGGUGCUCUGUGCCUUCCCUGAAGCCAUGCCCUCCAGCAGCUCCCGCCCCCCCGCGUGCCUAGCCCCGGUGGCUCUCUUCUUGGCUCUGUUGCUCCAUCUCUUCCUUUCCUCCCAAGCUGGAGACAGGAGACCCUUGCCUGUAGACAGAGCUCCAGGUUUGAAGGAAAAGACCCUGAUUCUACUUGAUGUGAGCACCAAGAACCCAGUCAGGACAGUCCAUGAGAACUUCCUCUCUCUGCAGCUGGACCCGUCCAUCAUUCAUGAUGGCUGGCUCGAUUUCUUAAGCUCCAAGCGUCUGGUGACCCUGGCCCGGGGACUUUCGCCCGCUUUUCUGCGCUUCGGGGGCAAAAGGACCGACUUUCUGCAGUUCCAGAACCUGAGGAACCCGGCGAAAAGCCGCGGGGGGCCCGGUCCGGAUUACUAUCUCAAAAACUAUGAGGAUGACAUUGUUCGAAGUGACGUUGCCUUGGAUAAACAGAAAGGCUGCAAGAUUGCCCAGCACCCGGAUGUUAUGCUGGAACUCCAACGGGAGAAAGCAGCUCAGAUGCAUCUGGUUCUUCUAAAGGAGCAAUUCUCCAAUACUUACAGUAAUCUCAUAUUAACAGCCAGGUCUCUAGACAAACUUUAUAACUUUGCUGAUUGCUCUGGACUCCACCUGAUAUUUGCUCUAAAUGCACUACGUCGUAAUCCCAAUAACUCCUGGAACAGUUCUAGUGCCCUGAGUCUGGUGAAGUACAGCGCCAGCAAAAAGUACAACAUUUCUUGGGAACUGGGUAAUGAGCCAAAUAACUAUCGGACCAUGCAUGGCCGGGCAGUAAAUGGCAGCCAGUUGGGGAAGGAUUACAUCCAGCUGAAGAGCCUGUUGCAGCCCAUCCGGAUUUACUCCAGAGCCAGCUUGUAUGGCCCUAAUAUUGGGCGGCCCAGGAAGAACGUCAUCGCCCUCCUCGAUGGAUUCAUGAAGGUGGCAGGAAGCACAGUGGAUGCAGUUACCUGGCAACAUUGCUACAUUGAUGGCCGAGUGGUCAAGGUGAUGGACUUCCUGAAAACUCGCCUGUUAGACACACUCUCUGACCAGAUUAGGAAAAUUCAGAAAGUGGUUAAUACAUAUACCCCAGGAAAGAAGAUUUGGCUUGAAGGUGUGGUGACCACCUCAGCUGGAGGCACAAACAAUCUAUCUGAUUCAUAUGCUGCAGGAUUCUUAUGGUUGAACACUUUAGGAAUGCUGGCCAAUCAGGGCAUUGAUGUCGUGAUACGGCACUCAUUUUUUGACCAUGGGUUCAAUCACCUCGUGGACCAGAAUUUUAACCCAUUACCAGACUACUGGCUCUCUCUCCUUUACAAGCGUCUGAUCGGCCCCAAAGUGUUGGCCGUGCACGUGGCUGGGCUCCAGCGAAAGCCGCGGCCAGGCCGAGUGAUCCGGGACAAACUAAGGAUUUACGCUCACUGCACAAGCCACCACAACCACAACUAUGUUCGAGGGUCCAUUACACUUUUUAUCAUCAACCUGCACCGAUCAAGAAAGAAAAUCAAACUGGCUGGGACUCUCAGGGACAAGCUCGUGCACCAGUAUCUGCUGCAGCCCCAUGGACAGGAGGGCCUGAAGUCCAAAGCAGUGCAGCUGAAUGGCCAGCCCUUAGUGAUGGUGGACGAUGGGACCCUCCCAGAAUUGAAGCCCCGCCCCCUGCGGGCUGGCCGGACAUUGGUCAUCCCUCCAGUCACCAUGGGCUUUUAUGUGGUCAAGAAUGUCAACGCUUUGGCCUGCCGCUACCGAUAAACUCUCCUCACACUCACAAGGUGCCAGUGGGCCUACUGGACUGCUUUCUACUCCUCUGCCCCCAUAGUAUCCUUAUUUUUCAGACACUUUCUUAGCAACAAACCAGUCUCUGCUGCCCCAUCCUGCUGGAAUCAACAUAGACUUGCUCUCCGAAAAGACAAAUGUCAUAGCACGCGCUUAGCCUAUAUAGGUCACAUCCACCCCAAAGGAAAAUGUGGACAUCAUUUGUACCUACAGAGGGAUGAAGGUAUGUGUUUAGAGCUGGAUGUAUCUUUGUAUAUGUACCAUGAAAACCACUCACAGCGCACCCCCAGGACAAACUGAAUAACAGCCCAGGAUCCUGGCCGCACAGCAAUAGAACUACAGACUUCAGCCUAUGGCUGCUGCCCUCAGCAGAAGAUGAGAAAGGAAAGAACCUGGCGGACUUUUAAGAGCCCGAUCCUCUUCCAACUCCUUCCUUUGUUCCCUGCUGUUGCUCUGGGUUUCCUAUCAGCUCUUGUCUCAGAAGGGAGCAAGUGGGUGAGUCAGCACCGGCCUGCUGGGUGAGCUGUUGAUGUCAUCUCCCAGCUGAUGUAUGAGUGUGUGUGCCUCUGGGUUUCUGACAGGGGCAUCAAUCACUGGCUAUUCCGCUGGGAAGCGGGUGCUUCAGAAGUAAAAUUGCAAUCAUUCUACA